AUGCCCUUUUCCCCUCGCAUUGCCAUACUAUCACUGGGUGUGAUUCUCGCGUCGAGAACCACUGCCGCCUUUCAUGUGGGUCACAGCAACAGCCGGUCGUCGUCGUCGACAACGCAACUAAGUUCCAAGAAUUCUGACAGAGCCCACAUUGAACGGAAUUUGGAAGACAUGAUGAACAAUGAUUGGCGUGUGUUUCGAGCAAAGCUGGUGUCGCAAGAACAGGCAGAACAGGAAGCCAACAAGAAUAGAAAGAACAAGAAGAAGAAGGACGGAUCCAUGGACGACGAAAAGCUCGCCAAACAGGACAAGUUGGGAGAUUUGUUUGCACAAACCAUCUCUUCCAUUUUCAAAGGAAGCAGCAGCAAAGACCAUGUUAGCAGCAACGGAGGCAGCAGCAGGGGUGAUAUUUUCAAAGGAGACUCUGUGGGUGGAGCCUUGCCGUUGGAAGAUGAACUGUUAUAUCACGACCCCUUUGUCAGUGCCGCCGAACUCCCCAUUCUCAUGAAGCCCACACCAAAGAUCAACAAGCACCGCUGGGCACAUGAAAUUUCACAUGUCGAACCGGGAUGUGUCCUCAUUGCCAAUGAAAAACUGGGAGGAGUCUUUCAUCAAACAGUCGUCUUGAUCAUUGAACACCAUGAAGCAUCAGGGUCCACUGGUAUUGUCAUUAAUCGACCCAUGCAAGGAAACCUACUGAAGAUUGCUUCCGAGCAAGUAUCCAAGUUGGAUUUGUCGCUCAAGCUGGCAUUCACCAAGGCACCCGUCACAUACGGUGGACCCGUCUUGUCCGAAGAGUUCUCAAUCCUGCACGGAUUCGGAGAAGUCGAGGGAUCUCGGAAACUCUGCCCGGGAGUCUUUGUGGGAGGCUCGGAAGAGUUGAUGAAUGAAGUACGAAUUGAUCGGUUCCAACCGGAAAACGCACUCUUUGUCAAGGGGCAUGCCGCAUGGGUACCUGGACAACUGCAAAGAGAAAUCUCCAAGGGUGUCUGGUACACGGCGGCUGCUUCCUCUGAUUUCAUCCUCCGGUAUGCAGGAGCGCCCUGCACAGAAGAAGACAACAAGGAAGACUUGUGGUCAGACAUUUUGUCGUGCAUGGGCGGCAAGUACGAAAAAAUUGCCGAAAUGCAUGCUGGGCGAGGUGAUAUGCGAAUGAUGCCAUAG